AUGUUCCUCUUUUUCGCUUUUCUUGCUAUCCUUGGUGUGGUAAUAGCAAUGCCUCCGUACGGGAGUCCACCAGCUGCCGCUCCACCUCAACAAUAUCCACAGCUCGGUCAACCACAAGCCUAUCCUCUGAAGUACAAGAGAAUGUGGAUUCAACAAGAACCUAGACAUUAUCACCCUCCUUUCUUCUACCAAGGAUACCCUGGCGGAUGGUUCCCUCCUGUAUGGGAUUUCACCCUUUCAAAUCCCUUCUAUACCGGUAGACAUCACCGAAGACAUCGUAGACGUCACAGCAGCAGCGACAGUCGACGCCACAGUGGAAGAAGAUGCAACAGUAGGGACAGCAGAGACUGCUAA